CAUGGCUCUCCUCUCAGCUCUCACUCCUGUGCUGGCAGCAGUCCUUUGUCUGGUGAUAGGCCUCAUGUUUGUUAAAUCAAAAAGCUCAGGAAUAAAAACGCAAGAAAAGCCUAAAGACUUUAGACCAUGGGUGGACCAGGACUUACAGGAUAAUACGGAUAUUGUUGAGAAAGAUGAUGAUGAUGUGGAGGACCACAAUGAAGAAGAAGAUCUAGCACAUGUACCAUACUCCCCCCCACGGUAUCCUGAAGAAGUCAUGGUGAAGAGGUCCCAGGAUUUCUACUCCGUCAUGAACCAGAGAAGGAGUGUGCGCUUCAUCAGCCCUGAGCCUGUCCCAAGAGAAGUUAUUGAUAAUGUCAUCCACACAGCAGGCACAGCCCCAAGUGGAGCCCACACAGAGCCUUGGACGUUUGUGGUGGUGUCCGACCCAGAAACCAAGCACCAGAUCAGGCUCAUUGUUGAGGAAGAGGAGGAGGUCAAUUACAGGCAGAGGAUGGGUGACAAGUGGGUGAACGAUUUGGCCCCACUUAAGACAAAUUGGAUUAAGGAGUAUUUGGAUGUGGCUCCAUAUUUGGUUCUCAUCUUCAAACAAACAUAUGGAAUUCUGCCAAAUGGAAAGAAAAAGACGCACUACUAUAACGAAAUAAGUGUUUGCAUAUCCUGUGGGAUCCUGUUGGCUGCGCUACAGAAUGUGGGUCUAGUGACAGUUACAUCAACUCCUUUGAACUGUGGUCCCCAGCUUCGCCUGCUCCUCAAACGACCGGCCAAUGAGAAACUGCUGAUGCUUCUUCCAGUGGGAUACCCUGCAUCAGAUGCCACUGUCCCCGAUUUGAAACGCAAACCUUUAGAUGACAUAAGAGUGCAUAUUUAGAACUGUUUCGCUUUUUAAGUACUAUAUUAAUCAUGUAUGGCAUGUUUACUUUCUUUUCUUCUACAUGUCCAGACCACAUUCUAGCCCUCACGCUCUCCUUGGGCUCACUUUUUUUUUUCCUUCCCGCUGUCUUGGGGCGGGUCAGUCAAAGCCAAAAAUGUAUUUUCAAAUAAAUUCUCACCAGGCAAGAAAAUACAUUUUUGGGUCUG